UCUUCUACAACAUACGGAGUACAAAUUAAAAAUCAAACCCAGGAGAGGAGGAAAUAAUUUAUACUCCGUACAACAUAAAAAAUCUCAAACCCAAAAACAAGAAUAAAAAAAUGGAGAAGCAAAAUAGGGAGUUUUGAGGGAAGAAGAAGAAUCAAUAGUUGGGUAUUGGGGAGCAAACACAGAUCCAGCGGCGGUGAGAACAGAUCCGACGAUGGCUGAGGAUAGUUCACAUCAUCAUAAAAAGGCAGGGUUGUUGAAGGAUCAAGUUCGAUUAGUUAAGAGAAAAGAAGAUAAUAGCCGUUAUGAGAUUAUCCCAAUCAAGGCAUCAUUAUCAUUUGAGAAAGGAUUCUUUGUAGUGAUUCGUGCUUGUCAAUUGUUGGCUCAAAAUAAUGAUGGGAUUACAUUGGUAGGAUUAGCUGGUCCAUCUGGUGCAGGAAAAACUGUAUUUACUGAGAAAAUCCUCAAUUUCAUGCCAACCAUUGCUGUUAUAUCAAUGGACAAUUACAAUGAUGCUACUAGAAUUGUUGAUGGCAAUUUUGAUGAUCCACGUUUGACAGAUUAUGAUACAUUGCUUCAGAAUAUUAAUGACCUUAAGGCUGGAAACCCCGCCCAGGUUCCCAUUUAUGAUUUCAAAACCAGCUCCCGUGUAGGAUACAGGACAGUUGAAGCUCCCAGCUCUCGUAUUGUAAUAAUUGAGGGUAUCUAUGCUUUGAGUGAAAAACUGCGCCCUUUAGUAGAUCUUCGGGUGUCUGUGACCGGUGGAGUUCACAAUGACCUUGUUAAACGAGUUUUGAGAGAUAUACAACGUGCUGGCCAAGAACCGGAGGAGAUCAUCCAGCAAAUAUCUGAAACUGUUUAUCCAAUGUACAAGGCCUUCAUCGAGCCAGAUUUAGAAACAGCUCAUAUAAAGAUAGUAAACAAAUUCAAUCCAUUUACUGGAUUUGAGAAUGCUACCUUUAUCUUAAAGUCGUUGAAGCCUAUUAAAGAAGACCUUAUUAAAGCUGUUUUGUCCGAGAAUCUAAAGGAAGCUGUGGAGCAGACCUACGAUAUAUAUCUUUUACCACCUGGCGAAGAUCCAGAAUCAUGCCAAUCAUAUCUCAGGAUGAGAAAUAAAGAUGGAAAGUACAAUCUUAUGUUUGAGGAAGUAUUAAAAGAAAGUCCGUUCAUCAUAUCACCCAGGAUAACUUUUGAAGUCAGUGUGCGUCUUCUUGGUGGGCUCAUGGCCUUGGGAUAUACAAUUGCAGCUAUCCUCAAAAGAAACAGCCAUGUGUUCUCAGAUGGUAGGGUUACUGUAAAGAUUGAUUGGUUGGAGCAGCUCAAUCGUCAAUAUAUCCAGGUGCAAGGAAGAGAUCGUUUGCAUGUAAGAUCUGUUGCUGAGCAGCUAGGAUUGGAAGGGUCCUACAUACCUCGCACUUACAUUGAGCAAAUUCAACUGGAAAAGCUUGUGAAAGAAGUCAUGGCACUGCCAGAGGACUUGAAGACAAAGCUCAGCCUUGAUGAUGAUUGGGUUUCUAGUCCCCAAGAAGCCCUAUCUAGAGCAUCUGCUGAUAGAAUUGCUUGGAGACACAAGAAUCUAAAGAGUGGUAUGUCGCGUUCGUACUCUAACCAAAGAGACAAGAAUGUUUCCAAGUAUGAUGCCAGUAGCAGGAGAUAUGAUGAGAGAAAUUCUGAAUUAGUAGCAACUUUGGGGAAUAAGGGGGUUGCUACACAACUGUCAGAUCAGAUAUCAACAUUAAAUGAUCGGAUGGAUGAAUUUACAUCAAGGAUUGAAGAGCUGAGCUCUAAAUUGAUGGUGAAGAAAUUAUCUCCCAGCCAGCAAAAUAUGAUUCUGCAAUCUGAAACCUGCAAUGGGUCUGUCCCAACAUCUUAUUUUGUAUCUGGCUUGAGCAAUGGCUCGUUGACUGGCUCUCUUCUGCCAAGUAUCUCGUCAUCCUCCCAGUUGAAUAAGGAGUCACCUUUAACGGAGGAGCUACAAGGAAUAGCACGAGGGCAGCGUCAAAUUAUGCAUCAAUUGGACAAUCUUUGCACACUUUUUCGAGAGAACAUGGGGGAGAGGGAGAAGUCUCGUCGAGGAAGAAAUGGAGGGAAAAGAAACAUUGUAGCUGAUGUUGAACCCGUCAACCUUUCUGUACUUCUGGUGUGUACAGUGGCUUUUGGUGGACUAGGAAUUGCCCUUUACAAGGGUUUUUGGACUCGAAACUGAUCCCAACACUAACUGCAGGAUUUUACGCCUUCAAGACUAUUUUUGGGUUUCCUUCAUAGUUUUCUUAUUCAAAUACUAAUUGGACGGUUUUGCCCUUCUGCUCGAGGAAAGAUUACUUGAAGAUCAUAACAUUGAUCGGUGUCUUAAGAGAUCUUGAAGGGUUCUAAACAAAAAUUUUGUAGGUCCUAGAAAACAUUUGCUACCUUAUCUGGUAACCAAGUUGCUCACAUGAA